AGUCCACUUCCUUUUCUUCCCCCCUUCAAGCUGUUGCGAUCUCGUCGUUUCGCUCGCCUCUUCCUCCUCCUCGUUGGCCAUGAUCCAGGCGGUGAUGGUGAUCAGCACCCAGGGCAAGCCCCGCCUCCUCAAGUUCUACAAUUUCCAGAUCGACAACCCUUCGUCCAUGGAAAGUUUUGUGCUUGAUGAGAUGCCUUAGCGAGUAAGUUGUGAUGUACUUUUUUUAUCCUUUUCACGGAUUAAUUGGUGGAUGCAGCCCCCCGAGAAGCAUCAGGAGCUUGUCCGCGGCGUCUUUCAGUUGCUGUCUGCAAGGCCGGAGAAUGUGAGCAAUUUCGUUGAGGCCGAUGCAAUCUUUGGACCGGGAGCAAAACUGGUGUACAAGCAUUUGGCCACACUAUACUUCGUUUUUAUCUUUGACAGCUCUGAGAAUGAGCUUGCCAUGCUCGACCUUGUGCAAGUUUUUGUUGAAACAUUGGAUAGGUGCUUCAAGAAUGUAUGCGAGCUCGACAUUGUAUUUAACUUCAACAAGCUGCACACAAUUUUGGAUGAAAUGAUAUUGGGAGGACAGGUGAUUGAAACAAGCUCGGAGCAGAUAGUAAAAUCCGUAGAAGAGAUUGCGAGGCUAGAGAAACAAUCGAGCACGGCCAGCAUCAUUCCAAAGUCGAUAUCGGACCGUUUCAGCCGUUAAAUUUGCACCCGCUUUCCCAACAGAUAAUGUAAAGACACUAGCAGGAGAAAUCAGAUUGACGCUCAAGCUUAUAUCCAUCCUCAUUUCAGUCGUCUGGAGUCUUGAGCAUCCGGAAUUUGACAUGAAAACUUGUUGUGAGUUGUAUAACCUGAAAUGUGAACUGGCAUGUCCGGUCAAAACAGCUCCUCGUCUAAACCAUAUACUCCACUAGCCUAGUUAUGCGGAUCUGUAACGCCAUGCAUCUGUAGGCGACUGUAGCAGGAGUGUAGGACAGAGAUUUUCGUUCUGUUUGACUCAUUUGUCUGAUGAUAAAUGGCCUGUUUGGAGUCGACACUCUCCCAAAGGA